UUCCGGGUCGCGCGGGAAGAUGGCGGCGGCCGGUGAGGAGGCGGAGGCGACGGACUGGGUGCUGCCGGCGGAGGUGGAGGUGCUGGAGUCCAUCUACCUGGAGGAGCUGCGGGUGGCACGGGGCCGCGGCAGGUGGGAGCCCUGGGAGAUCAGCAUCACCCUGCACCCCGCCACGGGCCAGGACCAGGACUCCCAGUACGUCCGCUUCACCCUGCUGCUCUCCGUGCCGCCCCAGUAUCCCAACAAAGCUCCGGAAAUCUCAAUCAGGAACCCACGGGGACUGUCAGAUGAGCAAAUUCAAAAGAUUUCUCAGACGCUCAGAAGUGUUGCUGAAGCCAGGCUGGGGACAGAAGUUCUCUAUGAAUUAAUUGAGAAGGGGAAGGAGAUUCUCACUGACAACAACAUUCCUCAUGGCCAGUGCGUGAUCUGCCUCUAUGGAUUCCAGGAGAGAGAAGCCUUCACAAAGACCCAGUGCUACCACUACUUCCACUCCCACUGCCUGGCCCGCUAUGCCCAGCACAUGGAGGAGGAGAUCCUCAUGCAACAGGAGGAGAGAGAGCAGCACCCGGUGCCAUCCCCUAAACAGGAAAUCGGUGUGCAGUGCCCCGUCUGCCGAGAGACCCUGGUCUACGAUCUCUCUGCUCUGAAGGCAGCGCCACCCCCGCAGCACCUGCUGGAGCCGUACAGGCCAGAUGCCAAGACGCUGCAGCACCAAGAAGAACUGCGCUUAAUUUUCAAGAGGCAGCAAGAGAAAGGAGGCAUCAUUGACCCUGAAGCAGAGAGGAACCGUUACUUCAUCAGCCUCCAGGCGCCUCCAGCUGCUGUCGAUCCAAGCCAAGCAGCUGCUGCCUCUGAGCCACCGGUGAGUGCAAGCCCUGUGGAUGCGCCCCAGCCACCCAGCCAAGCCUCAGCUCCAGAGCCAGCCGAGGGGCCGGAGGCCAGGGCAGACCCUGGGCGGCCCGAAAGGCCAGCUGUGCCCAGGGAGCAGCACAGCAAGAGGGAGAGGCACAGAGGGGAGAGGCCCAGCCCCAGAGGCCAGGGCAAGCAGUCGUGCAGCAGUUUGCAGGAACCAACGGAGGAAGGCUGUCAUCUGCUCCACGGCUCCAGGGGGGCCAGGGGCUUCAGCCGGAGACCAGAGCGGAGACCUGGUGGGAGGCACAGCCAGGAGUUUCCAAAGCCUCACAGCAGAAGCAAGGCUGCUACCUUGGCAGAAAGAAAGGAGUUGUGCCCUAAAGACCCCUCACCAGUAACAGAGGCAGUGGACUUGAAAGAGGAGCACCGUGAUGUGGAGAGAUGGACCCCAGAGGAGGGGGCGGAGGCGCGGGGCAGGGAGGAGAACCUGGCCUUCAACCGCAGCGACCACAGAGCAGCUCCCAGCUGGCAGAGCCACCACAGGCCCUGGGAUUGCGGAAGGUGGGAGAGGUCGAGGGUCCAGGAGCGUGGUUCCUACCCCAGAGCACCAAGAGGGCGAGGGAUGUUCAGGCCUAGUGGACGUCGAGAAGGCCAUCUCCUUGAGAAGGAGAGUGGCUCCUAGCAGAAGUGGUGAGGGGCUGGGCUGGGGGAGGGAAGAGCUGAUUCUGGGGAGAACAGUGAAGGCUCUGGUGAAGCAGUAGCAAGCAGACACUUGGGAGGGAGGAAGCAGUUGGCAUGUGGCACAGCUUGGGACAGGCAGUGUCUCCAUGGUACGUGCGGAGUGAGGCAUCCUCGUGUGAGCAACUACCUGUCACCAGCAUUGGAGAAGCUGUCUCCUGACAGAUCACGUCAGCCUUGGUCUUGGAGCACCUAGAGGGCAGAGGAAGCCUUGAAUGGGGGACCUGCAGCCAUCAUCCCUGUAUGUGAGCUGCCAAGAAACAUGCACACCUACACGGCAAACGGACUGAGCCCAGUGUGGUGCCAUGGCAGAGCCAGAGUUGUGGCAGGACCUUCCCAGUGGAGCUGUGGUGGUGCCAAGUGAUGCGGCUGUGCCAGGACAGCAGCCUGGAGCUCAGCUUGCUGUGUCCCCCUGUGCUUCUAAGAGCAGCUUCUCAACUGCUGUCCCUGUCCCUUGGAGACAUCGCUUCUCCUGCAGCCCUGACUACUGUUCAGCUGAUUGGCUUGGCCAGGAAAGUCCUUUGUAUGUACACUUCCCAGUUGAGUUGGGAGAGGUAACUGAAGCUUAAAUCAACGUGUUGGCAAGUCAGGGCUGUUUGGUGGCUGAGGCUUUCAGGAACCCUGUAUUUAGUUGGAGCUCCUGCCCUGUCCUUCAGCCGCUUUUGUGCAGGCAGAAGCUGAUGGGGGAGACUGGGAAGAGACUCAGCUUUUCGACCUGCAUCUGUCUGGAUCCCCCUUUAAGGCCAGGCUCUUUUGGAGCUCUCAACAGCCCAGAGUGAAGACAUGCUCCAAUACUUUGGAUACUCGUACCCUCCUUUCAUCUCCAAGCUUGCUUCAAAGAAAUGAGGAUUUGCUGUUUAAACUAAUUUGGUCCAGUUCCUUCUGCUGCUGCUUCACAGAUUGAAACUGUGUCCCACUCCAGAGCCACGAUGGGUGAUUCCAAGCCUCUGAAGUGGGACACCACUAUUAAAUUAAUUCAUCAGGUCUUCUCCAUAGAGCCUGCUCCCUUUGUUUUCUCUGUUCUCUUGCUCUUGUUCAUUGUUGUUUGGAGAGAAGGUGUUGAUCCCUGGUAUUGCUCACUCCUGUCCCCGUUCCCUAUGCCCAGGGCCGGGGCAGAGACCUUCCCCUGGCACUCCUGGGUGGCAGGAGCACUCCCUGGUCCCUGCUUUGCCUGGCUCGGUGUAAGCUAUUUGGCUCACCCAGACAGUUCUGAUUCCUUCACACUUGUUCGUGCCUUGUGCUCUCACCUCUCUUUUGACCACACAUGGUUUGUUAUUGUCUUCCUCCUGCUGCUAAGUGCAAAAAUGGCCACGCUGCAAUGGACUUCCCAGAGCUUCGGGCGAGAUCCCUAGGAAAUCCAAGGGGCUUUGUGCCAGCUGGGAGGGCAUUUGUGCUGCAUCUGCCUGGCUGAUCCUUUGGCACAUGAAGGGUGCACAAAAGCUGUGUCUUGAAUGGGUCCUCCUCGACUGCUGCCCUGCUCUCUCCAUGCCUGGCCUUGUCUUGAAGGGGUUGGCUUAACCUGCUGCCCAAGAGCCUCCUGCGCUUAAAUUUCCAACGCUGGCCUAUUGCCAACCCUAACGCUCUAAAAGCUUUUUUUUUUCCUCCUUGGUCUGAGUCUAUACUACCUGCCCCUUGGGGAUCUGAGGGCCAGACGUUGUGCCCUGCUGGGAAUGAGGGAUGAGCACUCAUUCCCUGAAGAGAACCCCAAUUUUUCUUCAGCGCUCACUCUGUCUUUCCAACUGGUUUCUGGGUGAACAGCCUGUCCACACUUGGGUGAAAAGGUGUAAACUUUAUCUGACAUAGGUGCCUGUUCUGCUGCCUCCUGCCUUCACUUGUGAAAUUGUUGUGCUCCAAGAAAGGCAUUUGAUCACAUCCUGAAAGAAACACAAACAUCUCUGCCCCUCGCUGAAGCUCCAGCGCCUUGGCUUCCUCCAGUGAGCCAGGUUUACUCUCAGCAGGAAAACUGCUGUUCCCGGUGUUCGGAGCAUGGGAAUUCAGCCAUGGAAAUCUGAGUGAGCACAGACUUGGGGAACUUCAAUCAAAUGCCAGGCCUGUUAGCAGCGAAGGUUUUUUCCUGGGAGUAGUGAUCUAGGAAGAGCCCUCACCUUUCUGAUUCACUGCUAUCACCCUGGAGCAGAGGACAUUUUGCAGCAGCGCGUGGAAAUUAAUUUGGGCUAAACAAAAUAAACCUCCCUGUAAGAGGGGAGGAAUGGAGCCUGCACCCUGCCCUGGGGCUCCUUGCUUGGUGUCCACCUGUGUCACCCACCUACCUCACAGGGCUGUUGUGAGGCUUAACUGACAGAAGCGCUUGGGCUGGGCAGAAGGGCACCAGCAGCGUCUGUAGCAUUAACACUAUUAAAAGCAUCAGUGACAGAUGUC